AAGUGGGACGUCCGUAGCGGCGACGGUGGUAGUCGCUUCGACGUCGACGGAGACUGGAGCGACAUUUAAAGAGGCAGCAGAAGCGCCGGGAGUCCGGCUUUUUCUUGUGGGAGGACUCUGACCCUUCCCCAGCCGGAAGAGGAGAAAGCGGCCGCGCCGCCAAGCAGGCAUGGAGAGUAGAAAACUGAUUUCUGCUACAGACAUUCAAUACUCUGGCAGUCUGCUGAACUCCUUGAAUGAACAGCGUGGCCAUGGACUCUUCUGUGACGUUACUGUUAUUGUGGAAGACCGAAAAUUCCGGGCCCAUAGGAACAUUCUUUCAGCUUCAAGUACAUACUUCCAUCAGCUCUUCUCAGUUGCUGGGCAAGUUGUUGAACUGAGCUUUAUAAGAGCAGAGAUUUUUGCAGAAAUUCUGAAUUAUAUCUAUAGUUCUAAAAUUGUCCGUGUUAGAGCAGAUUUACUUGACGAGUUGAUUAAAUCGGGGCAAUUACUAGGAGUGAAAUUUAUAGCAGAGCUUGGUGUCCCACUGUCACAGGUUAAAAGCAUAUCAGCACAAGAUGGUACUGCUGAGACCUUACCUCCUGAUUCUAGUGACAAAAACAUUGACAUACAAAAAUCAAAGGAUGAAGCCCAAGAUACUGGGGCUACUGUGAUGCCCAUUAUAACAGAGUCUUUUUCAUUAUCUGCUGAAGAUUAUGAAAUGAAAAAGAUCAUUGUUACUGAUUCUGAUGAUGAUGAUGAUGAUGAUGUCAUUUUCUGCUCUGAGAUUUUGCCUGCAAAGGAGAAUUUGCCAAGUAACAACACGAUGACACAGGUCCAGCCUAAUCCAGCCCCUGUUGCUAUUUCAGAAGUGACACCUUGUGCUAGCAAUAACUCCCCCCCUUUAACAAACAUCACACCUGCUCAGACGCUUCCCACUCCUGUAAAUCAGGCAGCUCUUAGCCAGACACAAGGAGGUGAAGAAUUGCUGGUGUCUUCAGCUUCAACACAUCUGACUCCUAACAUUAUCUUAUUAAAUCAGGCUCCACUUACUACACCACCCAGUGUCAGUUCUUCACUUCCAAAUCAUAUGUCCUCUUCAAUCAAUUUACUUGUACAGAAUCAGCAGACACCAAACAAUGCUGUUUUAACAGGAAACAAGGCCAAUGAAGAGGAAGAGGAAGAAAUUAUAGAUGAUGAUGAUGUCACCAUCAGCUCCAGUCCAGACUCAGCAGUCAGUAAUACAUCUUUGGUCCCACAGGCUGAUACCUCCAAAAGUACCACUUUUGAUGGUUCAUUGACACAGAAGAUGCAAACUCCUGUACUUCUUCAAGAGCCACCUUCCAAUUCUUUAAAGAUUUCAGAUGUAAUUACUAGAAACACUAAUGAUCCAGGUUUAGGAUCAAAGCAUCUAAUGGAGGGUCAGAAGAUCAUUACUUUAGAUACAGCUACUGAAAUUGAAGGCUUAUCAACUGGUUGCAAGGUUUAUGCAAAUAUCGGUGAAGAUACCUAUGACAUAGUGAUCCCUGUCAAAGAUGACCCUGAUGAAGGAGAGGCCAAACUUGAGAAUGAGCUACCAAAAACAUCUGGCAGUGAGCCAUCAAACAAGCGUAUGAAAGUAAAACAUGAUGAUCACUAUGAGUUAAUAGUAGAUGGAAGGGUCUAUUAUAUCUGCAUUGUAUGCAAAAGGUCAUAUGUCUGUCUGACAAGCUUGCGAAGACAUUUUAAUAUUCAUUCUUGGGAGAAGAAGUAUCCAUGCCGUUACUGUGAGAAGGUAUUUCCUCUUGCAGAAUAUCGCACAAAGCAUGAAAUUCAUCACACAGGGGAGCGAAGGUAUCAGUGUUUAGCAUGUGGAAAGUCUUUCAUCAACUAUCAGUUUAUGUCUUCACACAUAAAGUCAGUUCAUAGUCAAGAUCCUUCUGGGGACUCAAAGCUUUAUCGCUUACAUCCAUGCAAGUCUUUACAGAUCAGACAGUAUGCAUAUCUUUCUGAUAAAUCAAGUGCUAUGCCUGUCAUGAAGGCUGAUGCUAUUGGGUAUAAGGUUGAUGCUGGAAAAGAGCCUCCAGUGGGGACCACAUCUACUCCUCAAAACAAGCCAAUGAACUGGGAAGAUAUUUUUAUUCAAAGGGAAAAUGAUUCCAUUUUUAAACAGAAUGUAACAGAUGGCAGUACUGAGUUUGAAUUUAUAAUACCAGAAUCUUACUGAACUCUUUUGAAAUAUCAGAAAGGGUUAGAUUAAGGGGCAGGGAUUUCAGAAGACCUGUGAAACAAAUUAAGGUGAAAACAUGUGUUAAUUUGAUCUGCCAUGUCAUCUGAAAGUAGUCUAGUUGCAUUGUUAAUUUUUAGAAGCAAUUUUUUUCUAAAAGUUUUGAGUAGAGAUUGAACAACCCCUGAAGUAUCUGUAUAGUUUAGCUUUCAGCUCAUUUAAAAGACGUGACUUUUUAAAGGUACACAGAGUUUUCUGAAUAGAAUUUGAAGCCAUCUAAAGGUUCUUUGAGAAUUAUUGAAGUUACUAAUAUACCCUGGUAUAGCUUACACUGUUCCCCCUUCCAUGUUAGCACUUUACUGCUGAAUUUUCAAUUUUCUUCAUGUUAAGCCUAAGUGUGUUGUGUCUUGUAUACAGCAUAAAAGGUAAGGAACUUCCAAAACUUGUUGUAGUAAAUUUCAGAGUAAGUCCUAACUUGGUGAUUUGUUCUGUCAGGUCCAAAUGGGGAUCAGCCUCCUGCCUCCCACCCACUAUAAAAUAGCCAUGCAAACAGGUCUAUCCUAUGAAGAAUGAGUUAGUUCUAGCCAAUUGGGAUCAACCAUCGCUUUCAUUGCCGUAGUCUUUAAGAGAUUUUGAUGGCAAGGCCACUGUAUACCUUUAAAAUAACCCUGAGCAAAAUGAAAAUGAGCUAGCAGGCAUGCAUGUAGUGCAAACAGGAGGUAAUGCAAAGUUCUUUUUUUUUUGCUUAUCUUUAAUCUUCUGCCUUUAUAUGGAGAUUUUUGUUAAUUAUGGUUUAAAAAAUGUUCCCACAAAAUGUUGUGAAUUUACUAUGUGAAAGCCACCAAAUGCAUCUUUAUAUAUAGUGCUAGUAAAUGUUGAGAUUCCGUACAUGAGACUUGUGUGUUUUGGGUGGGAGGCUCCUGACAUACAUUUUUAAAAGCUCACGUUAGAAUCUCCAGUAGAAAGUUUUCAUUUUAGGUAGUUUUAAUGGCAAUCUAACAUUGUCCUUUCAACAAGGUCUUUUGGGGUUUUUUUUAACCCCUUAAAAUAAGUUCUGAUCUAUGUGCAAACUGCUGUUAUAUUAUAGCAGAAACUACAUGUGGAAUACUGCAGGCAUGUCGGUUCCUGUUUAUUUUGACAACAAUAUCACCUUUCUUCCUUUUAAGAUGGCACAUAUUUAAAUACUUAGAAUUUAAAACUUACCAAGAGUAGGAAUAAAAGGAAGCAGGUUGGAACAGAUAUAUAGCUUAGCAUUUAUAACAGAUUUAACACAAUUCUGUAAAAAUUUAACCUAAUUUUUUUGCAAUGGAAAAAAUAAUAGAUACUGAAAAUGGUUGUAUUGCAUAGUUAUUAGUCAUUUGUGACAUUGCUUAUAUUUCUUAGUUCAGCAUAGGUAUUUUCAUUCUCCUUACAGUGUAUUUUUAUCUGUUUCUUGACUUUGAACUUAAAGCUUUAAUCAUAAUUUUUUAUGCAUAGGUCAUUCUUCUGGUGGUAACUAGGUGUGAAGAUAAAAGUUUAAGUGUUUCUUAAGUUGGUAGCUGAGGGUAUGAAGAAUCAGUGUUUGCAAUAAGACAAAGAAGAAGGAUAGCCCCCACUUACAGAGUAGUAGAGUGCUAUACAUUUAUGUUUUCUGUUUCAUAAUCUUAGGCCUUCAAACCAUUUUCAUAAACUAAAUCUUAGAAAACUGAAAAUCACCUUGUAACUCUAGACUCUGAUCUCUGUGAUCAUGGUAUCUAUUUCCUUUCUCUGUAGAUAUUGAUGUUACUGCUUUUUGAAUAUAGGGUAUGCUUAAAAAUAUUCCCCGUUGAAAUUUGAGUUUCAUGAAUUCAGUUUCAGCAGUUAGAUAUAAUUACUUCUACCUGUGUGAGCGACAGUGAUGUUUCAGUCUCAGCUGCUAAGUAAAUUAGUUUGCUAUGAUAAAACUUGCUAGUUCCUACAAACCUAUUAUGGUUUUUUGUUUUAUUUUGUUUUUGUUUUUGUUUUUGUUUUUUUCGAGACAGGGUUUCUCUGUAUAGCUUUGGAACUUGUCCUGGAACUCACUCUGUAGAUCAGGCUGGCCUUGAACUCACAGGGACCCACAUGCCUCUGCCUCUUGAGUGCUGGGAUUAAAGGCGUGCACCACCACCACCCAGCUCCCUACAAUCUUGUUAUAACAAACUAGGAAUAAUGAAAAACUGUCCGUUCUGAAUAACAUUGGUAAAAUUAUUUGCCACUGCUGCUGUACUCUAAAUUUUGAAUAAGAACUUAGAAAUGUCGUGCCUACUGAACGUAGCUUCUGGAGUUUGCAGGGAGGAGGAGAUCUAGAAAGUUCAAUUGUAAUUUUGCCAAGAAGACUCUUACACGUGUUUGGGGGUCUUUGGGGUUUUUUUUUUUUAAAGUUUUCAUGUCAAAAGUUCAGAGUUUUGUGGGGUCCACCUGCCUCUGACUCCCUAGUACUGGGAUUAAAGGCAUGGACCACCACUGCCUGGCUCACAGUUCAGAGUCUUUGUGGAAUACUCCUUUGGACAAAAACUCUUUACUCUUAGGCAUUAUUGGAUUAGAAAUUUGUAGCAAGAUGCUAUUUAAAACCUACUGUGAAGAUUUUCUAUUUUUUUUUACUUCUGACUACUGAAUUUCCUAUUUUUCUUUCAAGUUGCCUUCAGUUUUGCUCAAAUACUAAAUUACCUAUAGCUAUUCUGGAUAGAAUCUGUUUGAAAUAGUAACUUCGUUGAAAGAAUCAAACUUUUGAAAGUUGGUAGCAGUCUUGCAAGAUUAACUAAGAUAUCUGGUUAUCAUUUUUGUGGUGACUAUCUUCCAUAGAGUCACUGAAGAAUUUGUUCCUAAAAUAAGUGAACACUGAUCUAGGCAUUUAAAAGUAUCAUCAUGGUAUGUGUAUUCUGAGGAAUUAAUGCAAAUUCAACAGCACUGGCUUCCUUACCUCUGUUAGGCAUAUGAAACCUUGUUCAUUUCCCCUCAUACUACAAUGUUCAUAUUUGUACAAUCUUCCUUAUCAUGACUUAAGUUCUGCUUUUCAUUAACCACACUUGAUACCAGUUCAUAGAGUUUCUUAGAAUGAAAUAAAGUGUAUUCGUUCUAA